ACUUGCUGCAUAUAGAUAUAAGUUUGAUGUCAACACUUAACGUGUAUGAAUCGAUGCAACCUUAACUGCAGCCCACUGCGAGAAACCUUCUUGUAUAGCUGCAUUUUAGCCAGGGUUCUAAGACGAAUGCAGGUUAAUUCUUUCCUUUGAGAUUUGGACAUUACUAUUCAUGAUCAAGGUGUAUAAUGGAUUCUUAGCCACUGCAGGAAAUCGGAAACUGCCACAGAUGGAUUAUUGUUAAUUAUUUAGAAAAACUGCUGAUUGAAGUGAACAGUUACAUCAGAAUACUCCUUCAUGCAAUUUUCUUGGAGGACUCUCGAAGAUGGAGCAAUAUUGAAACACUGAUAAUGGACCCACUUUGUGUUCUACCAUUGGACUGUCAGAUGAAAAACAGCAUUUGCUGGCAGGUGAUAAAUGUGGAGUGACAUGGGAGACACUCUGUAGUAUGAAACCCAGACGCUGCAUGCAAAUGAAGAAUUCAAAGAAGUGCUUAUCCUUUAUCCUGUGCAUAGGCACAGUAAUUGUGUUCUAUGGAAUGUUCCAGUGCACUAAUUCCCCUAAAACGUACAUGGUUCCACGAGAAUCCGUAAAGUUUGUCUAUGAUGAUAAACACUUAGCCAUACCUUACGACCAGAAUUCUCCUCUGAUCUUCAUUGGGGGGAUGCCACGCAGUGGUACCACCUUAAUGAGGGUCAUGAUGGAUGCCCACCCCGAGGUGAGGUGUGGGGAAGAGACUCGUGUGAUACCCCGAAUUCUGGGCAUGAGGAACCACUGGCAGAAAUCAGAAAUUGAGAGGAAGAGGCUUGUAGAAGCAGGCAUCAAUGAUGCUGUGAUAGACUCUGCUGUGUCGGCUUUCAUUUUAGAAAUCAUCGCCAAACACGGCGACGCUGCUCCCAGACUUUGUAAUAAAGAUCCCUUUACGUUGAAAUCCAGUCAGUAUCUUAGUAGUUUGUUCCCCAACGCAAAAUUCAUCCUUAUGAUCCGAGACGGCAGAGCUGUCAUUCAUUCAGUCAUAUCAAGGAAAGUAACAAUCUCAGGAUUCGAUCUGAAGAAUCCCAAAAUGUGUCUUGAAAAAUGGAACACAGCCAUGGAAGUGAUGUAUUCUCAGUGCCUGAGAGUUGGACCUAUGAGGUGUAUGCCAGUGUACUAUGAACAACUUGCGCUACAUCCAGAGGUGUGGAUGCAUAGAAUUCUGGAGUUUUUAGAUAUACCAUGGAACAAUUCAGUGCUCCAUCACGAAGACUUUAUAGGAAAACCUGGAGGGGCUUCUCUCUCAAAAACAGAGAAAUCAACAGAUCAAGUGAUCAAGCCCGUCAAUAUAGAAGCGCUGAGCAAGUGGGUGGGAUUCUACUCGGAUGAAAUUAUAGCGGACAUGGCCAAAAUCGCGCCCAUGCUGCAAACUCUUGGGUACGACCCCGACAAAAACCCGCCGGACUACGGAAAGCCUGACCCAAAAGUUGCUGACAAUACAAUGCAUAUCAAACAGAACAUGGAGUACUGGAGACAGAAGGAGCAGGAGAUUUUGGCCAAAGAAAAGAAAGCUGUCCACCGCCCAGCUCCUCAGGCUUGAAGACUCUCAUUCUCUUCCCACCCCACCCCCUAAUCAAGAUUCAAGACCCUCCUUCCCCCUCAAUCAAGACCAGUAUUUUCCCAUCACUAGAUUAAUCUCUCUGUAAGAUUAAGCUUUAGGUUGAAUGACAUUUGUUUGUUCGAAUAAACUGUUGUAUAAGGGGAAUAAAACUGUUGAUUUUUUUAUGUAUAAAAGACAGGGUGUUUAUUUUAAUCAACUUCAUUUAGUCCACAAGUUUUUAACGAGAUAUUUUACGUAAUGUACUAUAAUUGAUUAGAUACAUGUAUUUUAUUAUUUGAUACCAUUUAUCUAUCUGUAGAUGCAUUUAGAACAGUACCAGCAACAUUUUUAAUAAAAGAUUUAUUUUUUUAGUGCAGUUCGUACUGCAUUUUUGUUUUUAUUGGAAAAUGUGUUUUUCAAUUACUGGUAUUUAAAUUUUUUAUUGUUACAUGUUUGAUGAUCUUGAAUGCAUGCAUGCAUUCACUUGUAAAACAUAUGAACAACUCUGUUUGAAAAAAAAAAUGUAAUUGUUGAUAUAGAUAGUUGAAUGAAUCCCAUCCCACCCCCUCCUCCACUUUAUUUUACAUAUGAGAAUACACAUGCAUAUUCGACAAAAUGGCUGCUGGUAGUUUUUUUAUGAGUGCAUGUGACAUUGAAUCUUUGAUGACAUCAUAUUUUUUUUUUAUAUGUCUGGAUUCCCAAUUUUUGUGUCUGCGUGCACUAUAAAGUUGUUCAAAGUACCAUGUACCUUUUAUUUUACCCUAUAAGUACACGUACAUGUAUAUGGAUUAAUUUAUGACAUGUCUAUCAUGCAGGUUUUUUUUUAUAUAUAGGAGUGUACUUUUAGUACAGGUGAAAUAAGCUGCAAGUUAAGUUUAUUCUGUGUCAAAAUUACACAUCUUACAAAUUUUGCAUUUCCUUAAAGAAUUUUAGAUCUAGUUUCUUUUUCCGUAAUGUGAAAAAGGGGUUCUCAUAAUUUCUUGAGUAAGUUUCUGUGUUCUUUUUACAAGAAAAAAAAAUUGAAAAGUAUAAUUGGCAUCAAUAGAAUUAGGAAUAUGCACAAAAAUUUAAACCUUCAUAAAAACAUGUUUCAUUGAACCAGAGAAUUGGAAGCGCACAAUUUCAUUACGAUAUGUAUUUUUUAAUUUUAAAAACAUGCAUUUUUCAUUUUACCAGUAAAUAUAAUUGAAGUCUUGUAAGCAUAAAAUUUAAUGAACAAAUGAAAGAUAUUUUUAGGCAUUUUCUCUGAUCUAUAGACUAUUUAAGAAAAUGUACCAUUUCAGCAGUUGUAAGGUACAUAAUUUGUGAUGAAGUCAGAAGUAUUUUGUCGAUCUCGGCUAAGAGUCAGGUCCUUUUGCUUAGGAACAAUUCUGAGACCACCAAUCAUGUUAGCUUUUAUUGCUAUUAGAUUAUUGAACUUGGACAUGUUUUCUCUGACCAUCCCUCAUUAUUCAUGUGUUCAUUUCAUAUUGAUAUCUCUACUGUAGUAUGUAGUUACAUAAAGAGAGUGUCUUUUGUCACUGCAUAUCUGAUGGAUCAAGUUAUUUUGUAGCUAGGCUAAUUAUGUUUUAGAUUGAAUUCAUUUGAUGCUUUAUUUUACAGUAAUUAGUAUUGAUUUAGAGGGACAAAUCAUAGAUUUUCAAUAAUAUGAAUGUGACUGCCGAUAGCUGUGCGGAUAGUUCAUGAGGUUUGAUUUUCUAGUCAUAGGUUUAAGGUGCUAUUAUUUGCUUUAGACUACCAUGUAGAUGUAUUGACCAUGCCGAUGUGGGGACCAAUCUCAGAGAGAGAGAGAGAGAGAGAGAGAGAGAGAGAGAAAUGUCAUUAAAAAGAUGCCAAAUAUUUCUAUCAAUGGUGUAACUUUUAGCUAUCAGUAUUCGUGCAAGGUCACUUUAUCUGAUAAAUGUAUCUUGAACAUCUUUAUCUCAAAUAUCAUGGAUAUGUUGAAGCAAGUUGGAACUCACAACCACUGCUUUUUCAUCUGUUUUUACUUUCUUUAUUUUUCUCAAGGAUUUUUGCAGUCCCAUCAAGAACAAGAUAAUGAGGUUUAUCUGUAUUAAUGUAGUAACUUUUCUUAAGAUUAAAAUCAAUAAUUUAAAGCUCUCUUAAUCUUUCAAAGGAAUUGAAAUAUAAAAAAAAAAAUUAAAACAAGUUCACCAUACAUAUUUCAAAUACUUGUCCUCUUUCUAAUAAAAUUAUAUGUACAGUGUAAACCGACCAUCUUUCAUAAGCAAUUAUUUGUACUGAGGCGUGUUCAACAGAGCGGAUGCCCAAGAGCACCCACUUUGCUGAACAUGAACAUAGAAGAUAUCAAAGUUGUUAGUGGUGAUACAGUCAUUUUGGCAAAUAAGGCUUGGCUGCAAUGAAAGAAUUCUUAAAGAACUUAAUGCUUAUGACAACAAAUGUUCACAAUGGAGGGCACAAAUAUUACAAUCGAAAAAAAUAUAUAUUUUCUCAUUCCAUUUGAUAUUAUUUAUCUUUUAUUAAAAAAAGUGUUUGUCAUGGUGAGUUGUAAUAUUUUCCUUUUCAUCAGAUAUAGAUUAUUUUUCUGACUUACUCCAUUGAUUUUGAGAUCUGAACUAUUUUUGGGAUCACACCAAAGAUCACGUCCAAACCACUUUUUAUUUAUUAAUAUAAGUCUUUUAUAUCAGUUUUUUCUUCUGGAUAACAAGGUUGUACAGUAGAAUAAUGUCUGAAACAAGUUAUUUGUUCAAAAAGGUUGCCAAUUAAGGAAACAUUUACUCAUAGUCCUCUGCUGGUCUUAUGUUUAACAUAUAUACAUUUGUAUACUAUCAUAAAUAUUAUCUUUAGAAGUUAAUGUCCAUGAGGCAAUGUGAAGCAUGUAUUAUACAGUCAUGCCUCUUAAAUGCGUAUUUCUUCAUUAGGAUUUUUUUCAUGUUUGUAAAAAAAGAAAAAUGAAGAUUAUUAAUGAUUUCUGCAUUUUCUAUGUCUUUUCUGUUGAAACAAAACUUCACUAGACAUCAUGUUCGUUUUAGAGUGUCAAUGUAUUGUUUUUACAAUUCGAACAAAUUCAGUCUUAUUGCGUUUCAUUUUUAAUUCUGGUAUUUUUUUUUCUCCAUAUUAUGAAAUAAUAUACGUAUGUAAGUUUUCUCAUUUUAAUUUUUAACACUGUAAUAUGAUUUAAGUUGAUUUACCUUUAUCUGUCAUUUAGGUCCUCAAACUUUUUAACUUUCAUGGUUGUUGAUAAUUAUCUUUUCUCUGGUAAACUUUUUGAAAAUGAUGUGUAUGUUGGUAUUCAUCUUUAUCCAUUUGAAAUUCUGGAACAACUUUUUGCUAUCUCAUUAUUGGAUCAGGUUAUUAAUCUAUUUUUUCUUUUCUUUUAUUUAAAUUACUAUUUUUUUCUAUCUUUUUUUUUUUUUUUGCCGCUGCUGCUGCUGCAAAACACACCCUUAACAAAAUGGCUUUAUUGUUAUAAAGUUAAACUUGACUUAAAUUGUGAUGUUGAGAUGACCCCUAUGUUUGUGUUACAAAUACAUGUGUACAGUUCAGGAGUGAUGUGGUGUCAUUAAAUAUUGAAAUACAA